UCUUUAUCUUUCUCUUUCUCUCUCACACACACAAAAACACACCUUUGCUCCAAAGCAAAUUCUCAUCAUUCCCUCCACAACCCUUCUUCUCUCUCUCUCUAAAUAAAUCUAUAUCUCCCUUGUAUCAUUCAUUCACUUUCUCUUCUCAAAUGGUUUCUCCAAUGGAAACCAACCCUCCUUCAUCUUCUUCUUCACAUUUCAUACUAACCACCAUAGUAAUAACACUCUUCUUUCUUCCCUUCUCCCAAUCAGACCAAUCAUCCAUUGAAACCGAUGCCGCAGCUUUAAUCUUGUUCAAGAACAUGAUCACAAAAGACUCAAAUGGAAUCCUCUCCAAUUGGCAAUUGGGUAAAAAAAAUCCCUGCACUUGGCAUGGUGUUACCUGUUCUCUUUCUCGAAUCACCCAACUCGAUCUCAGCCUUGGAAAUCUAAUCGGAACUAUCUCAUUCUCCCCCUUUUCAUCUCUCGAUAACCUUUCAAUUCUAAACCUCUCUGCCAAUUCCUUCACUGCUAACGCCUCCUCUCUUCUUCAACUUCCGCCGCAGUUGAAUCAACUCGAGCUUUCUUCCUCCGGGAUUUCUGGCACAAUCCCUGAAACCCUUUUUACUAAACUUCCUAAUCUUGUCUACAUUAAUCUUUCAAAUAAUAACUUAACCGGUUCCAUCCCAGAUAAACUUCUUUCUUCUAACUCGGAUAAACUCCAGGUUCUUGAUCUCUCCUGGAACAAUUUAACCGGGACUAUCUCGGGUAUGGAGAUUCGGUCCUGUGGUUCCUUGUCGCAGAUUGAUCUUUCAAGGAAUGAAAUCAAUGGUUCGAUCCCUUAUUCGAUUUCGAAUUGUACCAAUUUGAAGAUCUUAACUUUUUCGUAUAAUCGUUUAAGCGGGGAAAUACCAGAAACACUCGGCGGGUUAAACAGUUUGCAAAGAUUGGAUCUUUCACAUAAUCGUCUCACCGGAUGGAUACCUUUUGAGCUUGGGUAUGCUUGUGAUUCGUUGUUGGAGGUGAGAAUCUCGGAUAAUAACAUCACGGGUCCAAUACCUAAAUCGUUCUCUGAUUGUUCUUGGCUACAAGUGCUUGAUUUGGCUAACAAUAAUCUCACUGGUCCUUUUCUUGAUUCCAUGGUUAAGAAUCUUGGAUCGUUGGAAGAGCUGAUCUUGAGUAAUAAUCGGAUUGUUGGAACGUUUCCGAAUUCGAUUUCUUCGUGUGGGAAAUUGAGGAUUGUUGAUCUUAGUUCGAAUCAGUUCUCGGGUAUCAUCCCGCCUGAUAUGUGUCCUGGAGCAGCUUCCUUAGAGGAGCUUCGACUGCCUGAUAAUCUAAUCUCGGGUCCAAUCCCAGCUCAAUUAGGACUGUGUUCGCAGCUCAGGGCGGUUGAUUUCAGUUUGAAUUAUCUAAACGGAUCGAUACCACCGGAGAUUGGGAAUCUCGAAAAUCUAGUCCAGUUUAUAGCAUGGUUCAAUAGUCUUGAAGGGAAGAUCCCGCCUGAGCUAGGGAAAUGUAAGAAUUUGAAAGAUUUAAUCCUGAACAAUAAUCGCUUAACCGGAGAGAUUCCAAUUGAGUUAUCCGGUUGUAGCAACAUGGAAUGGGUUUCUUUAACAAGCAAUUUAUUCACCGGAGAAAUCCCCGGGCAGCUCGGACAACUCGGCAAGCUGGCGGUCCUACAGCUUGCAAACAACAAUCUCACAGGCCGAAUUCCGAACGAGCUGGCAAAUAGCAGCAGUCUAGUUUGGCUUGACCUUAAUAGUAACCAGCUGACAGGUGAAAUUCCUCCUAAACUCGGUCGACAGAUCGGGGCCAAAGCACUUUCAGGUAUACUCGCAGGAAACACGCUUGUUUUUGUUCGAAACGUGGGAAAUUCAUGCAGGGGAGUCGGCGGUUUGCUGGAAUUCGCAGGAAUUAGGCCGGAGAGGCUUCUUCAGGUGCCUUCAUUGAGAACUUGCGAUUUCACUAGAUUAUAUUCAGGGGCAAUACUGAGCUUGUUUACUCAGUAUCAGACGCUUGAAUAUCUCGAUCUUUCUUAUAACCAGCUUAGUGGGAACAUACCAGACGAAUUCGGAGGAAUGGUGGCUUUACAGGUUCUUGUUAUCGCUCAUAACCAAUUAUCAGGCGAGAUUCCAGCGAGUUUGGGACAGCUGAAGAACUUGGGAAUGUUUGAUGCUUCUUAUAAUAGAUUACAAGGGCGAAUUCCGGAUUCAUUCUCAAAUCUGUCGUUUUUAGUUCAGAUUGAUCUUUCUAACAAUGAAUUGACAGGACAAAUACCAAGUAGAGGCCAGCUUAGUACACUUCCAGCGACCCAAUACGCAAAUAAUCCAGGUUUAUGCGGAGUUCCUUUACAGGAAUGUGAAACAAACCCCACUACUAUUCAGAGUUCUGGAUCAGAUAACCGGAAAAGUAACAGGCGAUCUCAGUCUUCUUCAUGGACUAACAGCGUUGUUCUCGGCGUUCUAAUCUCAGUUGCUUCCAUCAGUAUUCUAAUCGUUUGGGCGAUCGCAAUGCGCGCUAGAAAACGAGAAGCUGAAGAAGUCAAGAUUCUCAACAGUCUUCAAGCUUCCCACGCAGCAACUACAUGGAAAAUUGACAAAGAAAGAGAACCCUUGAGUAUAAACGUAGCAACAUUUCAAAGACAGCUCAGGAAAUUAAAGUUUUCUCAACUAAUCGAAGCCACAAAUGGAUUCUCAGCCGCGAGUUUAAUCGGCAGCGGCGGAUUUGGUGAAGUAUUCAAAGCGACAUUGAAAGACGGUUCAUCAGUCGCGAUUAAGAAACUCAUACGAUUAAGUUGUCAAGGGGAUAGAGAAUUCAUGGCGGAAAUGGAAACCCUAGGUAAAAUUAAACACAGAAACCUAGUUCCGUUACUAGGGUAUUGCAAAAUCGGAGAAGAAAGACUACUUGUUUACGAAUACAUGGAAUACGGUAGUUUAGAGGAAAUGCUUCACGGUAAAGGAAAACGAAUACUUACAUGGGAAGAACGGAAGAAGAUCGGACGUGGUGCAGCGAAAGGACUCUGCUUUUUACAUCAUAAUUGCAUUCCUCAUAUAAUCCAUCGUGAUAUGAAAUCGAGUAAUGUGUUAUUAGACGAGGAAAUGGAAGCUAGGGUUUCGGAUUUCGGGAUGGCGAGAUUGAUUAGUGCGUUGGAUACUCAUUUGAGUGUGAGUACAUUAGCGGGGACGCCGGGGUAUGUUCCGCCGGAGUAUUAUCAGAGUUUUCGAUGUACGGCGAAAGGAGAUGUGUAUUCGUUGGGAGUGGUAUUGUUGGAGUUAUUGACGGGGAAGAGACCGACGGAUAAGGAGGAUUUUGGAGAUACGAAUUUGGUUGGAUGGGUGAAGAUUAAGGUUAGGGAAGGGAAAGGAAUGGAGGUUAUUGAUCAGGAUUUGCUUUUGGUGAAGAAAGGAACGGAUGAAUUGGAGGCGGAAGAAGUGAAAGAGAUGGUGAGGUAUUUGGAAAUUAGUCUUCAAUGUGUGGAGGAUUUUCCGUCGAAAAGACCUAAUAUGUUGCAGGUUGUGGCGAUGUUGAGAGAACUUGUUGGAGCUGGUGGUGGCCAUGGAAAUGCUGUAAAUAGUGCUUGAGUAUGAACAAGAGAUAGAAAACCUUCUUCUUUUGUGUUCUUUGUCUUCUUCAUUUUCAUGUUAAUUUAGAGGAUAGAAUUUGUAACUUAAUUUUUGUUUUGUUUUUGUAAUUCUUUUGAAAAAGAAGAAGGUAUUUUCUGAUUUGUAU